UGCCAACCCAGCCUGGACUUCUCUUGUCAACCCCCUCCACCGCCGCAUCGUACUCGUCGUGAUCACAGUCACAGUCAGCAGAGCAACGAUUCAUUUAUUCGAUCCUUCCUUUCCUUUCCUUUCCUUGCCUUCCCAUUUUCCCUUUUCCCUCAUUCACUUACUCACAAUCAUUUCAUAUUCUUCCACUUCCAUAUUCCCGUGAUUAAUUAAAGUUACUGUACAUAGAGUUUGUUUAAUUAUUAUUAUUCCACUCCUUCGUUGCGUACGACCGACCGUUGUCCAUAUACUUCUUCGACGUUCUCAGCCACAACGACAAUACUCCCCUUUGUAAGCCUUUCUUUCUCUGAUAGUUAAAACAAACCGAUGAGCGCAAGCCAAAAAUGCCCGAGGCCCAAGAAACCCUUUGUCCUUGUCCCUUUUGUGGGUACCAAACAGAAAGCGAAUAUCAAAUAAUGGUUUGUUCAUCUUCCGAAUGCUGCAUUUCAUCGAAAUAGAUGUACGGUUUGCUGAUGAGAUCAAAGUUACACAUGGAAACUUUGCAUGCUGAAGGAGAAUCACCAUUCGUAGCCAAAGAUAGUGCAAGUGUUAUCGCAAUGGUUGAAAAAGAUGCUGAUUACGCUGACUGUCCGGUCGAUGGCUGUGGUGAAAUGGUGUUGUUUGAUGAGCUUGAAAGUCAUGUCGAGAUGCAUGGAGAAGAGGAUGGUAAUAUGGAACUGGAUACGCCUGCAUCAGAGCCUUCUAGGAAUGGGACCAAGAAAGGUGUUGGUAAAGAUGCCAGUUUUGGUACGAAACUCUCACAUGCACUUCGAAAUAUUGACGAUGGGCAUGAUUACGAAAUACGAGAACCACCGCCAGCACAAGUCUCGCCAAGGGCAUGGAAGGAUAUCUUGAAAAUGCCUGAUAUUUCUUUGAAGUCCCAACCCAAAACUCCUGCCAAGGGCCCAAGACAGUUAGGGGUAGGUUCUUACUUUCUCAAUGUUUCCAUGUCACAUGAUAUUGAUCUCAAUUAUGAACAGAAAGCAGAGCUUGGUCCUCAUGCUCAUGAGAAGCAAAUGCCACAAUGGCUUGUGAAAUUACUGCAAUCGGAUGGCCAGUAUAAGACGAUUAAUAGAAUUAAUGCAGAUGGGCAAUUGCGGAGGGUCAAAUAUUGCCCAAAUCAAGCAGAGGGUAUCAUCCCCGUACUGGCUCAGCUCCUUGAUCAAGAUCGUUCUGUAAGUUAUGCUUACCUGUGCGAUCCGGCUGUUCUCCAUGUUUCAAAACUUCUAAGAGAGGGUAUGGACCCCCUCCCUGCCGGAUUUCUCAUGUUAACCAGAUUUUUAGGAGGUUUCUGUGGCUACAGAAACAUUCAAAUGAUGUCUUCAUACAUUAUUAGGUCUCAGUUUCCUGGUCACAACGUCUUCAAUGAUUGUGUUCCAACAAUUUUUGAUAUUCAAGACUAUAUUGAGAAUGCUUGGGAUCAAGGGAUUAAUUCUCAAGGUCGAAUAGAAACUGGUGGAAUACGCGGAACAAGGAAGUAUAUCGGAACUCCUGAUGUGAGGAUGCUCCCUUUCUCCCGCUUUUUUAUACUUAGGAAUCAUGUCAAUUAACUAACAUGAAUAAAUAGGCUCAAGCGAUGUUUUGCUCCCUAGGGAUCCCGUAUGCUUUCUAUGACCCUUCAUUUUCCACAUUGUACUAACUACGUUCUCAGAUGUGAUACUGCGGCCUUGAAAACCAGAAAAGAUAAAGGGGAAGGUCCGGCGGCUAAUCUCUUGUAUCAAAAAGUGGAGGAAUACUUUCUGGACAAUUGUGUUGAUUUCGAAUCUAAAGUCCGAGAGACGUCUCUCCCUCCAAUAUAUUUUCAACACCCAGGUAGAUCCCUAACCUCUCUCUUAUGCGUGCCUAUCUAAUUGCUACAUAUCAGGCCACUCGAUGACGAUCAUUGGAUUCGAGAAACAAACAGAUGGAACUAAAAAUCUUCUCGUUUUCGAUCCUAUGUUCCAUGAUGCAUCAAAAGUCGUUAAAUUUGUGGGCGGAACAGUUAACUAUAAACAUCCUGGUGAUCUAUUAAAAGCCUACAGACGUGGUAACAGAUACCUGAAGAGGUACAAUGAAUUUGAACUUCUGAAGUAUGUUACCCCUUUUCAAAGCCUGUCGACGUUGAACGAGAACUAACACAUCAUAGGUUAAUUCCACCAUCGCAGAGAAAACCGAAUUGAGGCUAAGCAGUUCUAUGGAGCCAGAUAUUUUAAUUGUUAAUUCCACUGGCUGGUGAUUAUAGGAUGGUGUUUGGAUGUAUUAGAAAGGGUAUGAUAAUUCACAGGCAUGGCAUCACGGCGCACAAUUUGACGAGGGAACCGGCACACUCUGUAAAAUAGCGGUUACCAUCAGUCACAAGGGUUUUCCUUAAAUUACAUGUUGUAGCUCUUCCUUUUUUUACUUUAAUACAAGUGUCCCUCAUACAAGACGUUCGUUCGUU